GUAAGUGACCGUCGUCCGCUCUUCAACUGCACUUUGGCAGCUUCGGAAAAUACUUCCGAAACGAUUAUUGUUAUUUAAUUUCACAAUUUGGAUAUCGUUGCACCUGACAUUAAACAGUCUACAAUGAUUGGGUGACAGACAACAAACGACAACCAGAAUGGCAGGCGCUAAGGCUUGUCGAAAAAUACGAGGCUCCCAAAUAAGACCUUUGCUUGAAUCAAAGCAUGUCUUCCUAUUUGAUUGCGACGGUGUUCUGUGGCAUGGAGAGAAGGCAAUUACCGGUGCUCCAACGGUGAUCAAUUCAUUGACCAGGCACGGUAAAAACGUGUUUUUCGUCACCAACAAUUGCACUAAGCCACGUGAGAUGUACUUGAACAAAUUCUUACGACUCGGCUUUACCGAUGUGAAGCAGGAUCAUAUCUUCAGCUCGUCGUAUUGCUCGGCGCUUUACCUAAAAAAUGUCGCGAACAAUCAAGGAAAAGUGUUUGUCAUAGGUGGAGAGGGUGUCCUCAAAGAGUUGAGGGAAGCUGACAUUCCGUUCAUUGGUGACGAAGCUGACGCCCCAGACGCCAACAUAUAUAAUUGCGCUCUAACUCCAGAUGUAAAAGCAGUCCUUGUGGGCCAUGACGAUAACUUCACAUUCUUAAAAUUGGCCAAAGCAUCUUGCUAUUUGCGGAAUCCAGACUGUCUGUUUCUUACAACUGACAGUGAUCCUUGGCACCCACUUCGAGAUGGGAGGAUACUACCUGGUUCAGGUUGCCUCACAGCUGCCCUGGAGACAGCUACAGGCCGGAAGGCCACAGUGAUUGGCAAACCCAGCCGCUUCAUGUUCGAGUGCAUCUCCAGCCAGUUCCGGGGCGUGGAGCCAGCACAGUGCCUGAUGGUGGGAGACCGCCUGGAGACAGACAUGCUAUUUGGGGCUAACUGUGGCCUGGACACCAUGCUUACACUGACGGGUAUCUCUCAGAUAGAGGACGCUCAGGAGUACAAGAUAAGUGAUCCCUCCACCAAUCAGAGCUUUGUGCCUGACUAUGUGGUGGAUACCAUCGCUGACUUCUUGCCUGCUUUUGAGAACCAAGACUAACUUCACUUGCUCAUAAAACGUCAUGACUUCAUCUCAGUUCAUCUCAGUUCAGCAGUAGACAUAAAUUAGGUUGCCUUGCAACUGUACCCAACUCUAUGUCUAUGUUUGUGGUUGGAGUGUUCGAAAUCGGUCGAUUUGUUAGACAGCUUUCCUAUGUACUACUUGUAAACCCUCUCUAACAGGUUGUUUAAUAUGAAUCAUUUUCUAGUGCAUACAUUAUUAUUAUUCCUUAGGUCAUCCAACACAAUUUGGCAGUAUUGUGUAAUCCUGUGUUAUCUGUUGUGACAUGUUUUUAAGAGCGUGUGAAAUACCUCAAGUGAACAUGUACCUGAUGUGAGACAAUGUUGUUUACUAUGUCAUAUUCAUGUUGACUAGGGACCCCCUGUCCUGCAUGUUUCCCUGUUCCAACACACCUGAUUCAAAUGAAUGGUCGUUACCAGGCUUCUGCAUUACGAGAUAACGACCCAUUCAUUUGAAUCAGGUGUGUUGGAGCAGGGAAACGUCUAAACAUGCAGGACAGGAGGUCCCUGAGGACCAGGGUUGAGAACCACUGUUGUAGGAUACAACAUCUGACCCAAAGCCCAUAUUGUAUACAUAAUUUAUAUUAUAAAUAUUCAAUAUAACGUAUAUCGUCUCUGCCUACAUCUUAACCCCACUACACAAAAAUACUGAAAGACUUUACCUGUCGGUAUAAUAGUAUUUUUUUAAUAAUUCAUAACCAGCACAUCACACAAACUCAAUCCACCACUUCGACUCUAUGUCCGACUUGAUUUGAAUCCAAGAGACUAGCAGUCCGGGUAAGCACCGUGCUCAAAAAGCCAGAGUUCUCCAAUGAUUGUGUCGAGGGUCCUCAGUUUGUACAGUCAGUGAUUUAACACUCUUGUCCUAGUAUCUGGAUUUGAUGUCACCAAAGGUCAAGCAGGAAAAAAAUACAACACAGCAAAAAAAGCAGCUUAGGUUGUGGACAAAGACUGUAGAUCUGUGAUGGGUGAACACCAUGCCAAAAUGUUUCCCAAAAACACUUGUGCUUAGAAGUGGCAGAAGAUUUUGAGUAGUGUAUCGAGAGGUUGCCGAUCAAAUAAAUAACGGUUGCCAUGAUGUUUUUUUCCAGCAUGUAAUGAAAUUAAGAUCUCCUUUGCAAAUCAAGUUAUAGUCAAGCAUCUCUUCAUUAACAUAUUUUAAAAAUAAAACUUUCUAUGUACAUUUUCAACAUGAAUUAUAUAAUAUCUUUAUUCUGCAGAACGUAUGGUGAGCUGUGGCAACAGAUCCUCUUGUGUUGAGGAACAAA